AUGCUCCUCCUUGCUGGCCUCUUGUGGCGCGUUCUCGCGUUCGGGACGCUGGUUCUUCCCGCUGCCGCCCUCCGCUUCAACUUCACGGAUGUCCAGCAGUGCGACCAAGUCAUGAUUUCCUUCGCUGGAUCGAACCUAAGAAAUGAUUCUGUUCCGUCUUCCUUGUCCAUCCUCCCCGUCAACUCGACCGCCAUCCUCGUGCCUCUACCCGACCCAGGGAUCAUCAACACAGGAGUCGCCCUCACUUUCCUUCCUUUUGCCGCCGGCACCAAUUUCGUCGCCUCCCUUGAUGAUAGCACUGGAGAGAACCUAAUCUUCGUCUCUGAUCUUAUUCGAGUUCUCCCGUCGGAGUCAGGCAAUUCAUCUUGCUUGCCCAACGCAAAUCCCAACCAGCAGAAGCUCUUUGCUCUCACUUCACCUGUCUCUCAAUGCGAAAACAUCACUGUAACUUACAACACGACCCUUACGACAAAGCCGCCUAUCGUGCGCCUUUACAAUCCGAAGGGUCGCUCUUUCCGUCUCAACCAGACAUCAGAUGAUCGCGCAAGUGGGACUGCAACUUACCUGAUGAACUUCUUUCGCGGCCGAGGGAUUAUUCUGCUUAUGGAUGAUGGAGAUGGCGUCAGGGAAACUACACCCCUCCUCACAGUCGGCGGUGACUCCGCAAGUGAUGCUUCCUGUAUUCAGAGAAAUUUCACCUUUGGCUUCCUACCCAACAAUACCGGAGGCUCCGACGCAACACCCGUUGCAUCAAAGGCUGUCAUCAUCGGUGGCGCAACAGGAGGAGGCGCAGUGCUGUUGGUCGGCGUGUGCAUGGUAAUCUUCAUCCUUCGGGAUCGUCGGAGACGCCGCACCAAGCAGCUCGACACAUCCCAGGAAGAAAAGGGUCUGGAAACAAAUGAAAAUGACAAGAAUGGCGGGGCUCCGGUCAUCAACGUCUCUGAUACAAGCCAGGGUCAGGACCAGGAAGGACAAAAUCGCUCCACCAACCUCGUUGCCAACCCGAUCUACACCCGGAAUCCCUCCCUCCUCCAGUCCCCACCGCGGUCGAUCCAAGAGCGCGGCAGCAUGGCCUCCUGGCUCCAAGCCAUCCCCGACGACCAGCGAUAUUCCGCCCCCCUCGCCUCGCCCAGCCCAGACAUGAGCUCCGGACCCUCGCGCACUCGGUCCGUCGACAACCUGUCCCUGCAGUCGCUCGACAUCGAAGGGAUGCUCAACAUGGCGACGCUCCAGUCGGAGUCGUACAGCCGGAAGAACUCGGCGGUCGGCUCUGCUACUCCCUCUCCGGUAGUAUUAGGACGUUCGCCUCUGGCGUCCAUCGCAAGAGACGCCGAGACAGGCGCGGUGGUUGGUCCACCCUCAGCCUACCUGCGAGCGCAGACGAGCCGGAGACACCUGCGUGGCCCGUCCGACGUCCCCGCGGGGCCAGACUCGAUGGCUUUUUCUGGGUACUCAGUGAACGUGAACCCGUUCGAUGGUGGUCGAAACUCGAUGGCGGCGUCCAUACUCAACAGCCCCACGACGCAGUAUAGCUCCGCCCCCUCGCCCCGCGGAACGCGACCGCCUGUCGGGCUGCCGAAGUCACCACGGGAUUCUGUUCGCGACCGGACAAUAUCCGCCACGAGCUCAGAGUGGUAUGGAAUUGCGCGUUGA